GUUUGUUCUAAUAAUAGAGGAGGGAGGCUACCCUCUUUAAGAACCUAUACUUGUUGCUUAGCUAAUAGGAAAACAGCAAGAUAAUGGUCAUCAAAGUCUUCCUCGCCACCUCGUCGGGAUCCACUGCGAUCAAGAAGAAGCAACAGGAUGUGGUGGCCUUCCUGGAGGCGCUGAAGGUGGAGUACGCUCAGCUGGACAUCGCCUGCAAUGAGCAGAACCGCAUGUGGAUGAGGCAGAAUGUUCCGGAGGAGAAGAAACCCUCCAAUGGCAUCCCUCUGCCCCCUCAGAUCUUCAAUGAAGAGAGCUACUGUGGGGACUAUGAGACGUUCUUUGAUGCAAAGGAAGACAACGCUGUUUACUCCUUCUUGGGGCUGGCCGCUCCUCCAGGCUCCAAGGAAGCGAUGCAGGCGGACGAGGGGCAGCACAUUGUGGAGAACGGCACUCAUGCUGACGAAAGCAACGAAGAGGGAGCCGGUGAUGAUUCAAUAGAGGUACCGGAAGGGGAUCGUAAUGGCGACGCACACGGGGGAGAGGCCGAGGAAGGCGAAGGUGUCGACGCGGACGAGCUCGCAGAGCCUGUAGAAAACGAAGCCACGGAAGGAGACGAGGAGGUGGAAGAGACAGGCCAUGCCGAGGAAGACGGAGAGCAGGAGGAAGAGGAUUUGCAGUCAGAGGAGGAGGAGGAGCUACGACAGCUUGAGGAUGAAGAGGAGGCUGAUGUAGAGGAAGAGGGAGAAGAAUUCUUGGAAGAAACACGGGAAGAGGUGGCCGAGUAGGUGAUGGAAGGGAACACACAGACGCCCUCCUACUUAGCCUCGAGAAGACUCCUGUGAACAAUGAACACCCGUGAAUCCCUAACCUUUGACCCCUGCGGCUUCUUCAGGGCAGCAUCCCAAAUCCUCCCCCCUCCCCAGGAGGCGCUGUACCCACCUUGGAAAAGUCUGCUCGAAGAUGCCACAAAAUAUCCCCACCUGUUGUCUUGCCUUUUGACUGCAAUGAUGGAUUGAAUUUUUAUAUUUAGCAUUUAGAGAAAGGACGACGACGUGUACAGUAUGUGCCGCUACACCUUUUUACGUUAUUUUAGUGCCAUAACACAAAUUGAGCCUGGUAUAAAUCAUCUGAUGACCUUGAGGGUCUAACUGAAGUUGGAGAUGCACGUGUGCUCCAAGCUAGGACAUAUUGUGAGACUAUAAAUCUAGUCCGCCUCCGGUAAUACUGUUGUCCAAACAAUGCACUUUGUUGACGGAAUGAAGUAACAAUGGAAAAUGUAAUAAAUUACACGUGGUUUAAAGAAGGAAAACCAUCAUAUAUGUAUGUAUAUGUACAGUAGAUCAACGCUAUUUGCGGGAUCACGUUCCAUGAUAGUGAAAAAAACGCAAAUAAAGGACGCA